UUUCUUUCAACCGUACGGAAGGCUGUCAAAAAAAUAAACAACUUUCGUUUUCGGACUGCUUGUAAUGGUUAUGCCGGCAUGUAAAAUUUAGAACCUAAUUGCAGCACAAAGAGUAAGCGUAAAACGAUGAAAUGGUUAAUGUGUAUUGUACUCGGUGCCGUUGUGCGAUAUCUGCUGAUAAACUCCGAUUACGCCGUCACUAUUCAAAACCGGGUUGAAAUUGCCACUCCCAUCAACUCGUGGAAGAGAGCUACCGAAGGUGCUCAUCUGUAUGCCAAUGGUAUAAACCCGUAUGAAGGUGAUCUGUACCAUCAAAAUCCAUUCAUUCUCGUUUCGGUCUGGUACUUUCUGCAAAAAGCCUCCACGUUUAUAGGCGUGGUAUUUAUUCAGCUAGAAGUGGGAACAAUGUUUAUGCUUAAGAUGGCUACGACGGUAUUUAUCACUGAGUUGUAUCGGAAGCAGAAGACAAAACAAAAUACCGACGCCAAAGGAACGGCUGAGCUUCAAAUUUUAGAGAAAGAUUUGGAAAGUAUUCCGUUUUACGUAGCGUUAGCGUACAUGUUCAAUCCGUACACGAUCCUGAACUGCGUCGGUCAAACCACAACAGUUAUGAGUAACUUUCUGCUUGCAUUGUUCCUCUUGGGAAUGUCGUACAGGCUUAGACUUAUUGCUUGCGUUGCUCUGGCGUUGGAAACGCAGAUGAACAUUUAUCCGUGUGUGCUGAUCAUUCCUGCGGCAUUGUUCAUUGCGGAACAUCAUAAAAAUAGAUGGUUAAGCGUAGUAAACACUUGCUUGACUUUCAUAGCUGCUCUUUUGUGGUUGAAUUACGCCUCCUACAAGAUUAUGGGUGAUUGGAGCUUCGUAGAUGCAACAUACGGAUUCAUAUUCAAUUGUCGCGAUCUCCAGCCAAACAUCGGCUUAUUUUGGUACUUUUUUACGGAAAUGUUUGACCAUUUCCGAACGUUGUUUCUAUACACAUUCCAAAUAAACGCGACGGUUCUGUACCUAUUUCCGUUGACAUUUAAACUACAUAAGGAACCCGUUAUGCUUCUCACAAUGUUGCUAGCACUAGGCGUUGUGUUCCGUCCCUAUCCCUGUGUGGGUGAUAUCAGCAUGUACCUAUCGCUACUGCCUUUAUGGAAAUCAAUUUCCAAAUUCAUGGGUCACAAUUUCAUCGUGGGAGCAACGAUGCUAGUCACCAGUAUUUUAGGGCCAACGGUUUGGUACCUAUGGAUAUACGCUAACUCAGCGAACGCAAAUUUUUUUUUCGGAGUGACGUUAGUCUUCUGCACGGCGCAGAUUUUUCUCAUCACCGAUAUUUUCUUUGCAUACAUCAAGCGGGAAUUUUGCCUCAAAAAUGGUUUGCAGGUCACCAUUGAUGGGAAGGAGGCGAGAAUAGCGUUGGAGUAAAAGCGCACAGCGAACGAUGGACUAGGGCGAAUGACCCAUCGAGGUUAAUGCCCCAAUAAACAAUACAAUAGAAUACAAACGAAGGGCUGUAACCUUUUUAAGUCAUUGUGUAAAAAUAAACUAGGAUGAAUCUGUCCAA